CGUGGAUUAGCAGCAGCAGCAGUAGAUGCGGCCGAGCAGCAGACGGACGUCAGCUUUUUGAGACUCUCUCUCCACCUGGAGGCGAGCUGGAGUCCACUUGUGACAUCAUCAAGAGGUGACGCCCUUCCCAUGGUGACCUGCUUCCACCAGGGUCACCAUGGGAGACCAGUCUUACCCAGAGUGCCGUGCUCAGGAGCUGUUCGAUGAGUUUGUGUCGGCGUCAACCUGCAGGGUGGCGCUGCGCUCCUUCAGUCAGCUGUGUGAACACCUCCAGCUAGACAAGAGCGCCACCGAGAGACCACUGUACCGAGCAAUCAAAGAACGCCUCAACUACUGGAGGGCCAAUGCUCUGUGGGCCAAACUGGAGCGACGGGCGGCGCAGCAGGAGUAUGAUAGGGGGCGGGUCUGCAGCAACACCACUUGCGUGAUCAUCGGGGCGGGGCCAUGCGGCCUGCGGACAGCAGUGGAGCUGAGCUUCAUGGGAGCUCGGGUGGUGCUGGUGGAGAAACGAGACUCGUUCUCCCGGAACAAUGUGCUCCACCUGUGGCCCUUUACCAUCCAUGACCUGCGCGGCAUUGGUGCCAAAAAGUUGUACGGGAAGUUCUGUGCUGGCUCCAUCGACCAUAUCAGUAUCCGUCAGCUGCAGCUCAUCUUGCUGAAGGUCGCCUUACUUGUUGGUGUGGAAGUUCACGUGAACGUGGAGUUCAAACACCUGGAGGAGCCGCCACAAGACCAGAGCAGACGUGUGGGCUGGAGGAUGCAGGUGUGUCCAGAGUCUCAUCCUGUCAAUCAGCUGGAGUUUGACGUCAUCAUUGGCGCAGACGGACGCAGGAACACACUGCCAGGUUUCAGACGUAAAGAGUUCCGGGGGAAACUCGCCAUUGCCAUCACAGCAAACUUUAAGAACAGAAACUCCACCGCUGAGGCCAAAGUAGAGGAGCUCAGUGGUGUGGCGUUCAUCUUCAACCAGAGGUUCUUCCAGGAGCUGCGACAGGAAACAGGUAUCGACCUGGAGAACAUUGUCUACUACAAAGACGACACUCAUUACUUCGUAAUGACGGCAAAGAAACAGAGUCUGUUGGAGAAAGGCGUCAUUUUACAGGACUUUGCAGACACUCAGCAGCUCCUCUCUCAAGGAAACGUGGACCAUGAUGCCCUGCAGGUGUACGCCCGCGAGGCCGCUGACUUCUCCACCAAUCACCAGCUGCCGUCUCUGGACUUUGCCAUGAACCACUACGGUCAGCCCGACGUCGCUAUGUUCGACUUUACCUGCAUGUACGCUUCAGAGAAUGCCGCCAUGGUCCGCCAACGCCAUGGACACCAGCUGCUCGUGACGCUGGUGGGGGACAGCCUACUGGAGCCCUUUUGGCCCAUGGGGACAGGUGUAGCUCGUGGUUUUCUUGCUGCUUUGGAUUCGUCCUGGAUGAUCAGGAGUUGGUCUCGGGGUGGAGCUCCUCUGGAUGUCCUGGCAGAGAGAGAGAGUCUUUAUCGUCUCCUUCAUCAGACGACUCCGGAGAACAUGCAGAAGAACUUCAGUUUGUUUUCUGUGGAUCCAACAACACGAUACGUGAAUGUCCACCGGCUGAUGAUCUCACCUGCACAGGUGAGACACCUGGUGGACACUGGGGAGGAGGUGGGGCUUAAAGCACACUGUGGUGACAUCAUCCGGCUACCUUCACCUGGACUUUUCAGAGAAGAGUCGUCGUCUCGGACCAAUCAGCUGCUGACCUGGUGCCAGGAGCAGACACGUGGUUACCGUGGCGUUGCCGUGACCGACCUGACGACUUCCUGGAAGAGUGGCCUUGCUCUGUGUGCUCUGAUUCACCGCUACAGACCAGACCUCAUAGACUUCAAAUCUCUCGCCGAGUCUUCAGCCGAAGAGAUCACCUGCCUCACCUUCGACAUCGCCGAGCGAGAGUUCGGGAUCCCUCCUCUGAUGACGGUGGACGAGAUGUCACGAGUCGGAGAACCCGACUCCCUCUCGAUGGUCAUGUACCUGAGUCAGUUCUACCAGUUGCUCAAAGAUGCACCGCCCCCUGCUGGUGGUCGGAGUCACAGUGCUGAUUUCAGGUCAGGUGACCUCAGGUCAGCCGUCAUCACUCCAGCCUUCGUCCUCAGCAGACUGGGACACAGUCCGUCCAGGAGGAAGAACCCGAAGGAGCUGAGAGACUCUGCCGUGAAGAAGAGGAGGACCAGCGGCGCUGCUCAAGAGCAGAGGGAGUCACAUGACUGGAACGGGGGCGUUGAAAACCAGGUGUGUGACGAGGUGUUGGUGGGCGGGUCCAAAGUUCGUCUGUUAGCCAAUCAGCUGCAAGCAAGACUGGACAAGAGCUCGUCGUCCUCAGCUUCCACAGGUUCACGUCACCGGGGGGCAGAGUCGCCUGCUGUCAGUCCCUCUGAGUCUGCUGAUGCUGCUGAUGCUGCUCAGCCGUUGCUGUGGAAACCGAGGAAACGGACUCUUCUGCAGGAGCAGAUGAGUUUUCGCUUCAGGGAGAAGAUCAGGUGUCAGAGUGGCGCCCUUAGCAGGGACGAGCAGCAGUGUCCAGUAGAGGGCAGUGACACCUGUGUCUUCUGUAAGGACAGAGUGUACGUGAUGGAGCGCCUCAGCGCCGAGGGACUGUUCUUCCACCGCAGCUGUUUCCAGUGUGACGUCUGCAGUGACACACUGAGACCAACGGGGUACGCCUUCGACCAACAACACGGGACAUUUUACUGUCUCCACUGCUACGAGCGUCGUCUGAGCACCACCUCAGUGAGGAGGAGGAGGACGACCGCGUCGGACAGAGCGACUUCACACCGAACGUCCACGGUGUCUCUAGGUUCCGCCCCCCACUCUGUGUCCACUGACUCUGUGAUGUCAGUAGAGCGCCGUCGCUCGUCAGUGGUGUCUGUGAUGGCGGCGACACCUGAGCGCAUCGAGCUGGAGAACUGCAGGCGGAGCUCGACACGGCUGGAGGCGGAGCUGCUGGAGGAGCUGGAGGAGGUGUCUGAGGAGAUGCUGAACCAGUUCAACCUGAGUCUGGACCAGAAGCACGAGUCCAGGUCCAGAUCUAGAUCCAGUUCUGAGUCUGAGAUCGAGGACGAAAAGGAGGGGGAGAGAGGAAGAGGAGGUCGCCACCAUGUAACGUCAGAGGAGGCCAAAGCUUCAUGGAGGGAAACUUUGAAGCUUCACCUGAACAAGCGAGACAACCAGGAGGAGGAGGAGGAGGAGGAAGAAGAAGAGAAGGAGGAGGAGGAAGACGAUGAGGAGGAAGAAGGAGGCAGUGAGCUGGAGACCAGUGAUGAGGGCGAGUAUAGUCCCUGGCAAAUGGAGCGUCACUCAGGCCUGUGGCUCCUGUCAGAGGCGGAGUCAGAGGAUGGGUUACUUCCUCUUGUCUCCCGCAGUGUCUCCUUGGUGGCAGGAAGUGAUAUCACAGGCUCUGACACACUUGCGGCGCCUGACUUCGUCUCCAGUGUACGACCUGGCAUUACUUCCUCCACACCUUCAUCCUUGACCCCGCCCCCUAGCACCACCACACCUUCCACCGCUUCAUACACUACACCUGACUCCGCCCACCACGAAGGCAGCGACACAGCUCCGUCCACACAUACCACAUCUGCCGUUAUCAUGGAAACAGUUGCCCAGAGACACACCCCUCAACAACCUGCUGCAGAUUCCAUCAGCUCUGAACUGCAUUUAAAGAGGCCCCUCCACCCACAUGACAAAGGGGCGGGGCCAGAUGAGGUGGAGUCAGAUGGUGUGAGGAGACAUCCCUUCCCUCCUCUGCAGGGUGGAGGCAGGGCGCUCCUCCUCCACCUGAAAGGGCUCAAGGAGGCUCCGCCAACUGGACAGGGGAAGGUUCAAGGGGGUGGAGCCAAAGCUCUGUGGCGAUCUGUGUUCUCCAUAAACAAGGAGAAGAAGAAAAGAGGAGGAUCUCUGAAGAAGAAUUCAGCCAAUCAGAGGAGAGCUAUAGCCUUAACAGAAGAGUCCGAUCUGGAUUCAUCAACGUUGCUGCAGAGGUGUUCACUGACCCCGAGGAAAAAUCUGCGACUGGAACUGUUCGACCUCACGUCUGAGAUCCAGAACGUCACAAUACAAGAAGAAGAAGAGGAGACAAAGCCUGCAUACGUUCCUCAUGCUCUGGCUUUUAAACGAUCAUAUGCUAUCAAGGGACGCCCUGUAAAGGACAGAGUCCCCAUCCAAGACUCUGAUGGUCAGUCAUCGUGUUCGACAGAGUUGGUGGGGGUGAUUGUUCAGCCGAAGGAGCCGUCUAGUCUGAGUGUUAAGGAGGUCAUGUUCCAACGGGGACAAGAGGACGAAAACGAAGACCUGGACGCCAAAAUCACCCGACGAGUCCAGAGAGUCGCUCGACAACAGGCCAAACAAGAGCAGCUGAGGAGACUGCACAAGGCUCAGAUCAUCCAGAGACGACUGCAGCAGGUGGAGGAAAAACAGAAACAGUUGGAGGAGAAAGGAGUGAUGAUGGAGAAGGCUCUGAGAGGAGAAACUGACUACUGGGCAGAUGACAGUCCACAGGUUGACCUUCAUCUCAGAGGUCUUGGUAAAGUGGAUGACCCAGGUCUGAUGCAGCAGUGGUUUGAGUUGGUUCAGCAGAAGAAUUCUUUGGUUCAAUAUGAAUGUGAGCUGAUGAUAUUUGCCCGAGAGCUGGAGCUGGAGGACCGACAGAGUCGCCUGCAGCAGGAGCUCAGAGAGAGGAUGGCUGUUGAUGAUCACCUGAAGGAGGAUUGGCAGCUGCUGGAGGAGCGUCUGAUCCUGGAGGAGAUGUUGGAUGUUGUGGAGCAGAGAGACUCUCUGGUGUCCUUGCUGGAGGAGCAUAGACUACAGGAGGGACAGGGAAACCUGAACCUGGAAGAGGUCACAAUGACCUAAAGACUGGGGCUUACCUGAACCUGGAACUGGUCUAUAUCACUUUGCAGGUACUGAACCUGAUCCAGUGGUCUGCAUAUCAGAAGAACCACAGUGUCCACAAGAGUUUACUUCAGAGGCCCAAAGCAGGUUUAAGACAGGUCAUACCUGGCAGAUUAAGACAUACACAUUCAUAGACUGUGGACAUUAAAUAAGUCCCUAACUCUUUGGACAUAGUCCUGGUCCCAGUGGACAAAAACCUUGACCCUGAUCCUUUGGACAUAGUCCUUGUCUUUGAUCCUUUAGACACAGUCUAAAGUCUGUGUCCCUAUUGACACAAUUCCAUGUCCCUUUGGACAUAAUCAAAUGAUUGAUAACUUCAUAGUCUAUGAUCCACAAUCCCUCGACAUAUUCACAAUCUCUUUAGACAUAGUCCCUGACGCUAAUCCUUGGAACACAUGCCAUGACAGAAAAACUGGACCCAAGUCCUGAUCCAGUUAUGUCAAUCAUUUGAACACAUUUGGUGUUGCUGUAGUUUAGUAACAACCACCAGGAGACGCCAGUCACUUACUGUCAGUCACUCACCUUAUGUUCAAAUGUUUUUAUGUUUUUAUUAUUGAUAAACUGGUUGCUAACUGCUAAUAGCUGAUGUUUACAAAGAGCUGCUAACGAUUGAAGUCAAAGUAACUUAAAUUCAAGUAACCGAGAAAAAGAGGUUCAGGUUUAAGUUUUUACCACAUUUAAAACUAGGUUUAAAACAAAACUAAGAUUAAACUCAAUUUUACAUGUCAGAUUACGGGUAACCAUCUGUGCUCAGUAUUAAAUGUGUCUUGAAAUGGUUUCGUUUUUUAAAAAUAUUUUUGUGUUUGUUGAUCACCUGUCUGCCUUAAUAAGUGAUUAUUGAUUGUGUUGUAAUAAACCUGAUGAUGUUCUGGUUCAACAGAAA